AUGGUUUUUCCGAUUGCUGCAUAUGAUUAUUCUCUAAUUAUCAAUGAAAAUGUGUUCUGGAAUUGCAAAAUUGAAGAUUGCUGGGAUCAAAUUGAGAAAGGAGCUGUGAACAAAGAGAAAAGCGAUAUAAUCCCCUCCGACCCCAUCGAGUGUGAAAUCUGCAAUCUGGAAUACACUGAAACGCACUACCCAUUGAUUUUCAAAGAAUGUGGUCACACUUUUUGUGAAUCCUGCGUCAAGAAUCUCCAACACUGCCCAAUGUGUCGAAUUACAGUAAUACCAAAUAUACUGGACAUGAAAAUUAAUAGUCCCCUUUUAAAAUUGGCGCUCGGAAAGGAAAACCCAGGAGUGUCAGAAUGUGCUCGAUGUCAUCACCCAUAUAAUUCUAAAUUCAGAAUCCCCAGAAUUCUCACAGGAUGUGGGCAUACAGUAUGCCAGGAGUGUAUCCAGGGAGUCAUCGGACACAGAUUUCUUCACUUUGAUAUGGAGUGCCCGUUCUGUCGGAAUGUCACACGGGUUCCAGAUGGUUCAAUUUCGAAACUCCCAAAGAACUAUGCAGUCUGCAGUGUGAUUGAGGAAUUGAGAGCACGGAAUAAUAAUUAUCAUUUUUCCAACAAUUAUACUUUCCGUGUGAAACAUGAAUAA